UAACAACAACAACCUGACAGCGAGCAAAGCGGAUUACCGUCCUGCAGAGAUGGCAGGAGAGGCUGAGGACGAUAUACCGGAAUCAGGAGCAGUUUUCACAUUUGGAAAGAGCAAAUUUGCCGACAACGUCCCGAGUAAAUUCUGGCUCAAAAAUGACGUCCCGCUUAAAAUAGCUUGUGGGGACGAACAUACCGCCUUAAUAACAGAAAAUGGAAAACUCUUCAUGUUCGGCAGCAACAACUGGGGUCAGCUCGGUCUGGGAACCAAACUUACCGUCAGCAAGCCCACCUGUGUCAAAGCUCUGAAGUCGGAGAAGGUCCAGCUGGUUGCUUGCGGGAGGAAUCACACGCUGAUCUGCACCACUCAGGGGAAGGUGUUUGCCGCCGGCGGGAACAGCGAGGGUCAGCUGGGGCUCGGACACUGCGAGGAGAGGACGGCCUUCCAGAGACUCAACUUCUUUAACUCACGUGGUCCAAUCAGGAUGCUCGCUGCUGGCUCAAAUACGUCCGCUGCUCUCACAGAGAGCGGGAAGCUGUUCAUGUGGGGCGACAACACCGAGGGUCAGAUCGGUUUGGGGAAGGAGAGCCAAGCCUCGUCUCCGCAGGAAGUCAUCGUGGGACGGCCCAUCACCUGGGUGUCCUGCGGGUACUACCACUCCGCCUUAGUCACAGCGACCGGCGCUCUCUACACGUUCGGCGAGCUGGACAGCGGUAAACUGGGACUGGGAACGGACCAGCUGGCCGGACAUCGACUCCCUCAGCGGGUGAAGAGCAUCAAGGAACCGGUGAAGCAGGUGGCGUGCGGCGGAGGACACACGGUGGCGCUCACGGAGGACAACGUCUUCACCUUCGGCCUCGGUCAGUUCGGGCAGCUCGGUCACGGCACGUUCAUCUUCGAGUCGCGGCUGCCUCGCCCGGUGGAGCAUUUCAGGAAGGGUCGGGUGUGUUCGGUGACCUGCGGAGAAAACCACACGGCCGUCGUCACGGACGGAGGUUUGCUCUACACGUUCGGAGACGGCAGACACGGGAAACUGGGACUGGGAGAGGAGAACUUCACCAACCAGUUCAAACCAACUCUGUGUCCGCGCUUCCUCAAAUACAACGUUCAGGCGGCUCCGUGCGGCGGCUGUCACAUGGUGGUUCUGGCUCGGCCGAGGGACGAGAGCUGCGGAGACGUUUCCCUGGAGGAGGACGACGUGACGGAGGACUUCCUGGAAAAACCGUACGUGGAGCUGCUGGGAGACACGGCCGACUCGUCAACCCUGCAGAGGAGCCUCUCCGCUCGGGUCCGCAGGAGGGAGCGGGAGCGAUCACCGGACCAGUUCGGCCCCUCGUUCCGCACGCUUCCCGCCAUGACGCUCGGCCUCCUCCACCCGCCGCCCGUCUCCGGUCAGACCGUCCCGCCCAGACUGCCUCCGCCCGAGCUGAGCCACAGAAAGGUGCUCAACGGCGCUCACCAACACGGGAAAGCACGGUCACACCACAAGGAGCAAACAGGGGACGAGACAGACAGCGUUGUGGAGAGCCUGACGGACACCGACAGCGUCCGAGGACUGGGAGACACGACGGACUUCCUCAACAUGACGCACAUGAUGAAGAUGGACCCCAGUGAUAAAACACUCAUGCUGUCUCCAGUUCAGAAGAGGAAGGGUAAGCAUGGUAUGGCCUUAAAAUCUCAGAAAGAGGACCUAAAAAAGGAGAGAACGCCCUCGAAGCAGAGCAGUUUCUCUUCGACGGCUUCGUCUCGUAGAAGCCAGACCGUCUCGCCUCGCCGGGCGUUACCUACCGAGCUCCUGAAGAGCCACAGCAGGGCUCGCUCUCUGUCCGCUCAGAGACAGAAGACAGCCGGCCAGAACAAAGAGAAUCUGAUCCUGGCUGUGGAGGAGCUGGACAGGAGCCGCAGUAAAAACAAACCUCCGAGUGUCGGCGACAUUAGGAAGGCGGCGUCCACGCAGCGGUUCAGGCCGGUUCAGGCGAAAAGCCAGCUGAUAGAGGUCGGCGGGAAAAUGGCGCCAGACUCUAAACAGAGUAAACGUCCAGAAAGCAGAAAGACACUUUUAGGGGUUGGCUCUGAAUCUGCUGAGGCGAAAGUUAAACAGUCCAAAAGCAAACCGAUAGCCGUAAAAAGUCAACACAAACGAGAGAGCUCGCCAGAAAUGUCAAAAGACUUAAAAAAGUCAAAGAAUGAGAGAAAUAAAAGAGAGGCUGAGUCCAAGAAAGAGGCUCAAUCUAAAAAAGAGGCUCAAUCUAGGAAAGAGGCUCAAUCUAAAAAAGAGGCUCAAUCUAAGAAAGAGGCUCAAUAUAAAAAAGAAGCUCAAUCUAAGAAAGAGGCUCAAUCUAAGAAAGAGGCUCAAUCUAAAAAAGAGGCUCAAUCUAAGAAAGAGUCUCAAUCUAAGAAAGAGUCUCAAUCUAAAAAGCAAACAUCUAAAGAAGCUUUAUCUCGCGGGUUGGUCGCCGGAGCUGCCUCUGUGGUCGCAGGAUCAGCAUUACUCCGAGAGGCGACGUCCAGGAGUCGCUCUAGCUCGCCGUCGCCGUCCGCAUCCGAGAGCAGCCGCCGCCGCGUCCGAAGGGAAGUCACGAGGAAGUCACAGAGCGCCGAAGAUUCAGGAUCCGACACCGCCGAUUUUAGCAACAGAUCUAAAGUCAGCAUCCACAUCACCCCUGAUUCAGAGGGUCAAGAAGCCGGGACGAGUCAGGACGAGAAGAGCGAGGAGGAAAGCGAGGAUCAGACGGAUUCUGCAACAGCUGAAGGGGAAGAGGAAGAGGAAGAGGAAGAGGAAGGGAAGACGACAAGUGCAGAAGGAAGCGAUGAAGAAGAGGAGCACAGCAAGAGUACAGAGAAAGGCUCAGAAGAAGAAGAAGAUGAAGAUGAUAGUGACACGGAGGAGGAGGAGGAGAAAAAGGAGAGUAGUGCUGAGGAGGAAGAGGAGGAGAGUAGUGAGAAAGCAGAAAGUGAAGAAGAGGGUGAAGAAGGAGAAGAGGAGGAGGCCGAAGAGGAGGAGCAGAGUGAAAGAGAAGAAGAAGAAGAAGAAGAAGGAGAAGCAGUGGAGGAGGAAGAAGAAGAAGCAGCGGCAGAGGAAGAGGAGGAGAAUGAAAAAGAGAGCGAGGAAGAAGUGGAAGAAGAAGAAGAGGAACAAAAAAGUGAGGAUGAGGCAGACGAGGAGGGAGAAGAGGAGGAAGAGGUUGACAAUGAAGAUGAGCAGGAGGAGGAGGAAGAAGAAGAGGAAGAGAAAGAGGAAGAAGAGGAAGAAGAGGAGGAGGAAGAAGAAGAGGAAGAGGUUGUCAAAAAGAAAAAGUCUGCUGACGUUAAAAGACAAAGUGCUAAAACUACGACCAGAGGUAAACUGAGGUCAGGGGUCAAAGGUCAGGCAGCCGGAGAAGCAGAGGAGUUCUGGGACGAUGUUUUACCUCAAUACCUCAACCUCAAAGGUGAUGAGGAGGAGGAGGAGGAGGACAAUAUUGAUGAUGAAGACGUGGAAGACGAGGAAGAGGUGAACGAUACUUCAGCGGAGGCAGAGGAACCGUCCUCGCAGAGUUUGGAGGAUUCAACAGAGAAACCAGCAGAAGAGACUCCUAAACCUGAAGAGCUGAAAGAAGAAUCUGUGCCUGACGGAGAGCAGAGAGCAGCAGAAAUCACAGAGGAGCCCUCGGACUCCGCUGCUGAAGAGAAGACGAACGACGGCUCCAAACCGGCCAACGGGACGACAGAGAGCGACUCAAAGAACCAAUCAGGCUCCAACAAAAAGCUGUCUCUCUUCAGACGGCUGUCCUUCUCCAGGUCGAAGCAGAGCAGCGAGAGAGACCAAACCCCGGCGGAGACGCAGCCGUCCAGGGAGAGCCUCCGUCCCCCGCUGCAGCCGGCGGCGGAGGCAGCAGCAGUAACCGGGGCAACGCACAGCAAAGACCUCGCUCCGAAGCCUGCACUGUCCUGUGAUCCUGAGAACUGA